AUGAAUUUUGUUACUAGUUUGCUAUCUGCCAUUUCUCCAUUGUCAGAUGGAGAUUUUGUUGAUAGACUUAAUUAUUGUUAUACAACAACAAUAUUAAUAGUUUGUUCUGUAUUUAUAUCAGGUUGGAGUUUUGUUGGACAACCAAUUCAAUGUUGGUUUCCAGCUUAUUAUAAAGGAUGGUGGAUGGAAUAUGCGUUAGAUUAUUGUUAUGUGCAAAAUACAUAUUUUUUGGGAUUUACAGAUAUUAAACCAGAUAAUCAUUGGGAUUUUGCAGAACAUAUCAUUCCAAUACCAAAUAAUAUUACUGAAAGAGAAGAAAAACAAAUUGGUUAUUAUCAAUGGGUACCAUUUGUUUUAGCAUUACAAGCAUUAUUAUUUUAUCUUCCUGUUGUUUUAUGGAGAUCUAUUUAUAAUUCUGUUGGUUGUAAGGUUAAAGUUAUCUGUGAAACAUGUUCAAUCAAAGGAAAUAUGGAGAGUGAUGAAAGAUCAAAAAAUAUGGAUAUAGUUGCUAGAUUUAUUGUUCAUGAUCAAAGAAUACAUAGACAAUUUAGAAGUUCAUUAAGAAAUAAAAUAGAAGGUAAUAUUGUAUCAACAUCAUAUAUUCUUAUAAAAUUUAUAUAUCUUCUUAAUGCUGUCUUUCAAUUUGCAAUUGUUAAAUGGAUGCUUGGUACUGAUUCAAUAUUUUGGGGAUUCCAAGUUGCAGGAGAUCUUUUAAUUGGUAAAGAAUGGCCAGAAACAGGAAAUUUUCCCCGUGUAACUAUGUGUGAUUUUGCUGUAAGAGUUUUAGGUAAUCUUCAUAGGCAUACAGUACAAUGUGUCUUAAUGAUUAAUAUGUUUAAUGAAAAAAUAUUUGUUAUUCUUUGGUUUUGGUUUGCUUUUUUGGCUGCUGUUACAACAAUAUCUUUUUUUAAUUGGUUAUAUAAAUAUUUAAAUGAAAGUUCUGAUCAUGAUCUCAUUAUGUGUUAUAUGAUGAAGAUUUAUCCUACAAUUACAAAAUCUCCAUCAAAAAAGAAAUUGUUACGCAAGUUUAUUAAAAAGACUCUUAAAUCAGAUGGUGUAUUUCUUUUACGUUUAAUAUCACUAAAUAGCGGUGAUCUAGUAACAUGCCAAUUAUUAGACUCUUUAUGGAAAGAUUUUGUUGAUUCAGAACCUUCUGGUGAAAAUACACCACUUUUAAUUACAAAUGGUUUAGACACUCCUGAUGCAGAAAAACAAGCCAUGCUUUAG